UGGGGGGAAUAAUCUGUCGGCGUCUCUUCGCUGCCUGUGCUUUCUCCGGGACGUUCUGGACUCUGCACCGCCUCGCGCAAACGAAUUAGGGUUUCCGGGGCACCUCUUCUAUCCGCCUGAGACAUUUCGUAUCGACAACGAGAGUCAAUUCAAUGGCGGAGGAUGGCCUCCCGGCUGGAGAUGCAUCGAAGGCCGUAGCAGUAGCGCCGGUAGGGCACGGCCUGAUCCCGAUUAUGAAUAGGCUCCAGGACAUUUUCGCUCAUCUGGGGAGCUCCUUCAGCAUAAAUCUCCCACAGGUGGCGGUCGUCGGGAGCCAGAGCAGUGGGAAGUCCAGCGUGCUCGAGGCCCUCGUCGGUCGGGAUUUCCUACCGCGGGGCACCGACAUCUGCACCCGGCGGCCUCUGGUCCUGCAGUUGGUGCGCCUGGAGUCAUCUUCGGCCUCUGCGGUUGAGGGAAGGGAGGAGUGGGGGGAGUUUCUCCACUUGCCAGGCAAGCGGUUCUAUGAUUUCUCGGAGAUCCGUCGUGAAAUCCAGGCAGAAACUGAUAGAGAAGCCGGAAUGAGAAAGUCUAUUUCUGAUAAACAGAUUCGUUUGAAGAUUUUCUCUCCCAAUGUUUUGAAUAUUGCCCUUGUCGAUUUGCCUGGAAUUACUAAAGUGCCAGUAGGUGAUCAACCAAGUGACAUUGAAACUAGAAUUAGAACAAUGAUAAUGUCAUAUAUCAAAUAUGAGACUUGUAUUAUACUAGCUGUAUCACCAGCAAAUGCAGAUUUGGCAAAUUCUGAUGCACUUCAAAUUGCAAGAAAUGCUGAUCCAGAUGGUUCUCGCACAAUUGGAGUCAUCACAAAGCUGGAUAUAAUGGAUAGAGGCACUGAUGCACGCAAUUUCUUACUUGGCAAUGUGAUUCCUCUGCGACUUGGUUAUAUUGGAGUUGUCAAUCGUAGUCAAGAGGACAUCAAUGUCAACCGUAGCAUUAGGGAUGCAUUGGCUUCUGAAGAGGCUUUCUUCCGCAACCAUCCAGCAUAUCAUGGCCUUUCUCAUUGUUGCGGGGUUACUCAGCUGGCUAAGAAAUUGAAUUGGAUUUUAGAACAACAUAUCAUGGCUGUCCUUCCAACAUUGAAGUCUCAUAUAAAUACUCAGUUGGUAGCAGUUGCCAAGGAGCAUGCCACAUAUGGUGAAUUUGAAGAAUCAAAGGCUGGAAAGGGAGUUAAAAUACUUAACACUCUUGCCAAAUUUUGUGAGGUUUUUUCUUCAAUGGUGGAUGGAAAAAAUGAACUGUCAACAGAUGAACUUUCUGGUGGAGCACGAAUUCAUUACAUUCUCCAGUCAAUCUUUGUGAAGUGCCUCGAGGAGGUUGAUCCUUGUGAGGACAUAACUGAUGAAGAUAUUCGCUUGGCUAUUCAAAAUGCAAGUGGUCCAAGAACUGCUUUGUUUGUUCCAGAGGCACCUUUUGAAGUUCUAGUGCGAAGGCAGAUAAGCCGACUGUUAGAUCCUGGCCUUCAGUGUGCGAAGUUCGUUUAUGACGAACUAAUAAAGAUUAGUUACCGUUGCUUAACCAGUGAGCUACACCGUUAUCCUGUCCUCCGAAAGCGCAUGGAUGAGGAGAUCACUAACUUCUUACGAGAAGGCCUUCAACCUGCAGAAAUAAUGAUAUCUCACAUCAUUGGAAUGGAGAUGGAUUAUAUAAAUACUUCGCAUCCAAAUUUUAUUGGUGGAAGCAAAGCUGUGGAAUCUGCUCAGCAGCAAGUCAAAGCAUCCAGGCUAGUUCCAUCAUUGCCCAAACCCAAGGAUACAGCCGAUUCAGAUAAAUUUCUAGCAGCCGAAAAAGUUACAAAAUCACGAGGUAUCUUUGCAAGAUCUGUUGCAAAUGGAGCUGUUCCUGAUCACUUGCAGAGUGCUCGACCUGUUGCAGACUCAGACCGACCAGGUUCUUCUGGAAAUACAAGUGGAUCAAUCUGGGCCAUUUCAUCCAUUUUUGGUACCAGUGAGGACCGUACAUCUGCAAAAGAAAGUACAAUCAAUAAGUCUUAUGAUGCACCCUUACAAACUUGGGAGCAUUCAUUUUCUAUGAUCCAACUGAGAGAGCCACCAUUAACCUUGAAGCCUUCAGAAAGUCCAACUGAACAGGAGGCUUUGGAGAUAGCUAUUACAAAGUUGCUCCUGAAGUCAUACUUUGACAUUGUUAGGAAAAAUGUUGAGGAUUCAGUGCCUAAGGCCAUUAUGCACUUCUUGGUUAAUCAUACUAAACGGGAACUGCAUAAUGUUUUAAUCAGAAAACUUUACAGGGAAAAUAUGUUCGAUGAGAUGCUGAAGGAACCUGAUGGUGUUGCCGCUGAAAGAAAACGUCUUCGCGAAAAACUGAAGGCCUUGCAACAGGCGCGUAAGACAUUGGAAGAGCUCCCAUUAGAAGCUGAAACUGCCAAGGCCUAUACUGCUGAUCACGAUCCAACUGAACUGCCCAAGACACGUGUAAUUCCUUUAUCUUUCUAUUCAACUAACAACUAUCUAGGUUCGUUGCAUACAGCUACUCCCCCAAAUCCAAGAUUUUGAAAAAUCAGCGUCACCGGUGUAAAUAUCACCAGCACAUUCGGCCUAUGAAAGUUAACGGGUUGGUUCAUAUGAUAAGUUGACGCAUGAAGGUUGCAAAUACCAUUUACUUUGAUUUUGUAUUUUUGUUGGCAGAUUAAAGUAUCCCACAGUAGCUUUCUUCGACCAGACAAUGCAAUUCUUUAGUGAGCUCAGUAUCAUUGAGUUGGCACUAGUUUCUUGUUUUGCUUCCUGUAUAGUUAUUCUUUUUCAAAAAUAAAAUUUGUAAAAUAACAUAUCAUAAAUGGAUAACAUGGCUGCUGGUAGUAACCAGUGACAAAUAGUCUCUCCGGUUAACAUAUUGUUUGAUUUCAGUUGUAGUUAUAUAGGGAGUAUUCUAAGUUUUGCAGGUUUUCUUGUUCUCUCA